AUUUUCACUGAUAUUUUUGUGUUUCUUAAUUUUUGCCUUGUUCGUGAUUGUUACUACAAUGUCAGAGUCAUGAUGCCCAUUAUUUGUAGAAAUUUUUUUUAUCUUAAACCCAUUUAAAAAAGUGAAUUUGCGAAGAGUUAUGGUCUGAAACCCAUGGCUUCGCUAAUGUUGGAGUGAAGGGGCGUGUAAGGGUUUCAAGUUUUAGCCUUUUUCCUCCUUCCCAGCACAAGACUGGGAAAUGGGCCAAAAGUGAUGCCUGGGAAACAAAUUAAUGCCUUAGGUUUGGUUGAGCAACAAAUUCAUACAGAUACACCAAGUUUGUGUUUAUUACUGUCAUGUUUCUGAAUUAGUUUUGCUUAGAAAGUUAUGGUCUAAAACCCGUUACUCUUUGUUCAGCUAAGUAAUGGGAAUUUAGUUUAGCUAAGUCUUACUGAUUAAUGUUUUCAUAUUUUAUUCUGCUUUGAUAAUGUGUAAUGUGCAAUAGGGUAGCCAUUUCAAGCAUGGAUGCCAGUUCUUUGAUUAGUAACAAGAAACACAGAAAUCCUCACGACAGAGAGGGAAAGAAUGAGAGCGGUAUCAGGAUAUGUGAUCUACCUGACCCUAUUCUCCAGCUUAUCAUAUCCUCCCUUCCCACCAAAGAAGCAGUUCGAACAAGUGUACUAUCCAAAAGAUGGGAAUAUCUAUGGAUGGGUAUCUCCAAAAUUAAAUUGAGAGAAGGAGCACCCGAGAAAAGGCAACAAUUCGUUGACUUUGUGAGGAGAUUGCUGGUAGAUUGUGAUUGUUCAAAUCUUACCAAGUUCUCCCUUUCUUGUAAAGUUGGUGAUGGUGCUUCUGAGGUUAAUGAGUGGCUACGUGGUUUCAUCAACCCUCAAAUUCAAGAAUUAAAUCUUUCCUUUGAAGGAAUAGAGGAACCAUUGGUUUUCCCUGACCACCUGUUUGCUUGUGCAACAUUGACAAAGUUUGAACUAAGUAUGCAGCAUAUUUUUAAGCUUCCUUCUUCCAUUCUUUUUGAAAGUCUUAGGAUUUUGUCUUUGGUUUAUAUUACAUUCCCUGAUUAUUCUUCAACACAACGGCUUUUCUCUGGUUGCCCAUCGCUGGAGGAGUUGUCUCUAGUUAAUUGCAAUUGGGUGAAUGUUGAAAGUGUUUGUAUUUCUUCUCCUGUGCUACAAAAGUUGAUGAUAACCGAGUGGAGAGAAGAGGAUGAUGAUAAGUUUGAUGAAGAUGAUGAUAUAGGUGGUCAGAAUGUUUCAAAUUGCUGCAAUGUAGUGAUAGUUGGAACAAAUCUGAAGUCAUUUUCUUAUGAUGGUCACUUUUGUAAUGAUUAUUUCUUGUAUAGCUCAACCUCAGUGAUUAAUGCAUCUAUUGAAGUUCAUGCAUUGGAUUUUUCCGAUGAAGAUUGGGAAAGUGACGUGGGCUAUUCUGUGUUCAAACUUCUUAAAGCGCUCUCAAAUGUGGAAAGGCUUUCAAUUUCUGAGAUUGCUCUUCUGGCUAUCGAUAGCACAGCAUCUUUACUUGGUUAUCUUCCUUUGUUUUGUAAUUUGGCUGAACUUGAAGUGUCUGGAGCAGCAUCACCCAUAAGGUUGUCUUGUGAAGCAAUGUUGACCAUACUACGAAACUCACCAUGUCUCCAAGUUGUUCACUUUCAUAUGUUUGUGAUUAACAAUGCAGGGAGGGGUCUCUCUGCCUAAAAAUUGUGCAAACAACAACCAUAUAAUGGAUCCAUUACCAGUAUGUUUUAAGACAAAUCUCAAGACAAUCAAGAUAUAUUGCUUUUCUGGAUCUGACGAUGAGCUAAAUGCGAUAAAAUUUUUGCUACAAGAGGCAUCAGUUUUGGAUAAAAUUUAUAUUUAUUGUAGUUCUUUUGAAUUUGACUCUCCUGCGGAAUCAAAGAGGUUAAAGAAGUUGUACAAACAGAUCGUAAGAUUUCCUCGAGAGUCAAUGGAUUGUAAGAUAAUUUUAAAAUAUUUUUGAAGUGAAGAUGAAAAACAAGAUAGAGGGACUAGAGUGUUUUGUCGACUUGCUGAACUAUUUAAAGCUUUGUCCUUCUGGUUUGAUAUAUAUUUUGAAGCCUGUUGCAUCCCAAACCAUCUAUGUGGUUAUUUUUUGCAACCUGAAUGAUAGCUUAUUGUUUGAUACCAAAUUGGAAUGCAUAAAUGACUGAUUCCUGAAAUUAUUGAUAGCAUAUGUGAUUCGCUUCCUUUUAAGCUAUUUUAAUGUUAAAUUGUACUUUUGAUCG